UUUUCCUCUUCUCUUUUAAAUCAUGCUUUCUAUUUUUAUUAUUGGCAUUGGAGAUUUAGAAUAGUCAAAUGGACAAGCAAAAAAAGUCCAAUUUAGUUUCCUUUGAUUUCGAAAUAUCCGAAACACAUCAAUCUCAUGAAGAAGGUGCCUUUUCAAAAAUAUUUGACAGAGUAUUACAUAAUCAUAAAAGACAACAAUUAACUGAACAACAACUUAAUGAUUCGUUGCAUGAAACAAUUAAUUUAAAUAAACAUCUAGCAACUACAAAUUCUUCUUGCUCUUCAUCCACAAAAGAAUCAAUUAUUAGCAGCUUUUCAGUCCAUUUAGAUUCGACUGCUGCCGUCGUGCCUCGAUCGUCUUCGUCAACUACAGCUACAACAGCUACAACUGUAACUGUAGGUAAUUCAAAAUUUGAAUUAAAAGAUCAACCUUUGAAGGAGCCAGCUCAAGUUACUGUUCAAUCUUUGACACCUACUUUACCAAAAUCCCAAGAUCAAGAGGCUUUAGACUUUUUGUUACCAAUGCCGAAAAGACAGUCAUUUGACAGUGAUACACAAUCUAUUGUAACUAACUUUUCCAUCAGUAAUUCAAACUCACUUUCCAAGAUAUUGGCUCGUUUAAGAGGACAAAGGAAUGAUGAAGAAUUUUGGAUGCCUGACGAACAAUGUAGAGAAUGUUACAAGUGUCGUAAACCUUUUACAUUUUUAAGAAGAAAACAUCAUUGUCGUACUUGCGGUAAGUAGCUUACAUAUAACUAUCUAUCUAUUAACUUAAAAUAAAUAUCGAUUCUUUUCCUUGAGGUUAGGUCAGAUAUUCUGUGGAAAAUGUGCUUCUCAUAUCAUAUCA